CACACACACGCACGCACACGCACAGACAAACAGACGGAUUUCUGCAGCACCAUGAACACAUUUUGCAGCUGUGUGUUGUUUCUGUUCAUCCUGCGACUGUUUUCAGUCAGAUCAGAUGCACCGAUAAACUGCGUUUGGGCUUCAUGGUCCCUCUGGUCCCCCUGCAACCCCUGCACAAAAACACAGACUCAGAUCCGCUCUGUCGCAGUUUAUCCCCAGUUCGGUGGGUAUUCAUGUUCAGGGCCCUCACUGCGCACACAAAACUGUGAAACAACUCAAGGUUGUCCCCUAGAGGAGGGAUGUGGAAGUCGCUUCCGCUGUCAAUCUGGGCAAUGUGUCAGUCAGAGUUUGGUGUGUAAUGGUGAUCAAGACUGUCAGGAUGGAUCAGACGAAUGGAGAUGUGAGAGUCAGCAUGUGUGUAACCUACAGAUACCUCCACCAAAGAUAGAAGCCUCUGGACGCGGGUAUGAUGCGGUGAAGAAGGAGUUCAGAGAAAGUGUAAUAAACACUCAGGUGUUUGGAGGGCAGUGCAGGAAAAUCUUCAGUGGAGAUCAUCAGAAUUAUUACAGACUUCCACAGAGCACUCUGGGUUACUCCUUCCAGGUCACAGCUAAAAGUGAUUUCUCGAGUGAGUUCUAUGAAAGCGUGUGGCACUGGGUACAAAAAAUCGAGAACCGCGAGAGGACGACGGGGACGACGAGUGGACACAGAGACUACACCUCUAACGAAGAGCUGAAGAAGAUACAGUCGAAGCAGCUGGUGGAGGUCAGCAGUGAUGUAGAAGUGGCUCAGGUCCAGAACCAGCCGCCGCAGUACCUCCCCAUCUCAGAGGAGUUCUGGCGAGCUCUAUCCUCACUCCCCGUAGUGUACGACUACGCCGCCUACCGCCAGCUGCUGGAGCGCUUCGGGACACACUACGUGUCCGAGGGGACGUUAGGAGGACGGUUCAGAGCCCUGCUCUACUUCAGCCGAGACUUUAUUGAGAGCAAAAAACACGAGGUGUGGGAUUUUCACGAGUGUGUUAAGGAGACACACACCGUCUUCUUCUUUAUCACCUGGACGACAGAAAAGUGCAAGUCUUACUUUGAUGAAGUAAAAAAUGGAUUCCAGAGCGACAGCCUAAAGAACCUGAAGCGUGUGAACACCAUGGGAGGAGACACGGGAUACAUCGCCGUACUCAACACACUGGACGUUAAUAGAGCAGCAGAGAACUUAAACGCGUUCUCUAAGUGGGCCGGGUCUGUGAAGAACUUUCCUGUUCUCAUCAACUUCAAGACCCAGCCGGUGUAUGGGUUGGUGAAGGAGGUGUCGUGUUCUGAAGUGAAGAAGCUCUACCUGAAGCGAGCGACAGAAGCGUACCUGCGGGAGAGAGACUCGUGUCACUGCAGCCCCUGCAAGAAUAACGGCCUUGUUGUGCUGAAGGACGGAGUGUGUGCGUGUGUGUGUAAACUGGGAACGGAGGGAUCUGCGUGUGAGUCUGGAGCACCGGUGAAUGAACAAGCAGGUGUGAUCGAUGGAGGUUGGUCCUGCUGGUCCGAGUGGAGCUCCUGUUCCGCAGGUCGUCGCAGUCGGACUCGAUCCUGCACACGUCCUGAACCACGGAACGGGAAACAGUGUGUGGGGAACGGAGAGGAACCGAGCAUCUGUGAGGAGGAGCAGGAGCUGGAAUACCUCCGGACGAUUCAGCCUCACUGCUUCGAUCAGAGUCUGGAGAAAAAAAAGAGCUGCAAAAAUCCUCCUGCUCUACACAACGGCUUUGUACUGGACCCCAGGGACUUUUAUAUCAUUGGGAAUAGAAUCGAGUAUUCGUGCAUUGAUGGUUAUCACCUGGUUGGAGAUCCCAUCGCUGAAUGUACAGAGGAUGAAACCUGGAGGAAAUCCACAAUGGAGUGCAAACGUACGACAUGUGAUCCUCCUGCCCUCUCCCUCGGUGUGAGUCCCAGUCUGUGGAAAACGAGUUAUAAGAUCGGAGAGUCUGUGAUGCUGAAGUGUGCAGACGGGAGAGAGAGAAUCGGCCCGGAGGAGAUUCUGUGUAACGCAGGACUGUCCUGGUCACCUGAACCCAAAAACACCAAAUGUGCUACCGUAGUGACUGAACCUCCAACUCGAUUGCAGUGUGAGCCGUGGGAGAACAAGGCAGAAAACAAAUGUGUUUGUAAAGUUCCCUAUCAGUGCGAGCCAUCCCUUGAGGUGUGUGUAAACAAUAAAGUGCGAAGUCUGUUCAGCAGACAGAGUGUGUGUAAAGCUCGAGCUCUGCAGUGUUUGGGUCACCAGCUUACAGUAGCUGAACACAGCGCCUGCCAGUGGCCAGGGUCUGACCCUGCAGUGUGUCCUCAGUGCUCUCUCUGGACUACGUGUGAUGAACAAACAAACAUGUGUCACUGCAAAACUUUGGACGAGUGUGUUGCAUCAUCUCGCUGGAUCAACAUAUGUGUACGUGUUACUAAAGACUCUGAGGUGUCCACGGUAACGGAGUGCGAGGUUGGGGUGCGACGUUGCAAAGGAGAAACUCCUCAAAUUAUUAAACUGCAAGCCUGUGAGGUGUAAACUCAUCAAUAUUCAUUAAAGCCUUCUUUAAUGAACCACAUCUUCAUCUCUGUUUCACAUAUAACUAAUCACUGAAAAACUAAAAGUGUAUUUAAAUGUUGAACUGUUUUUUGUUUGUUUUAAUGUAUUUACUGCACACUACAGAUAAAGAAAGAAAUCAUCAUCUCUACUUAUCACCUUAAUGAAUGACUUCAUUUAUAGGGAAUGAAAACCUGAGCCUUUAAUACUGUGUCUAAUGCAUAGUGAAUGUAUACAGACUAGUGUUUUAUAUACUGUAGCGAGUUCAUUUCAAUAGUGACUUCUCUUCUCUUGGUUUUUUUCCAAAACCAACAAAUUUAGACCUUCAUAAAGAAGGUCUAAAUUUAUGAAAAAGGUAAAUAAAAUAUGGUGAUAAUAAUGGAGUAUCAAUAUUGUUGUUACUUUUUAUUACGAAUGCUCUGUAACAUUUUUGGAUUAAAUAACACUUGAC